AUGAAACAUAGAGAAUGGGAACUUGUUCGAACGUACCUCGAUCGCAGGCCGGCGUUCUGGCGGAUCAUCAAGAACAAGGACGUGGAGGAGUUCAAGUCGGACCCGUACCUAGCGACGUUGCUCAACUGCAUGCUCUGGGUGUUCUACGGCAUCCUCUGCGUCAUAUUCGGCUCGGCAAUGUACGCCUCCCCGCUCACCAUCAUGGGUAAAGUGAUCAAGACCAAGAGCAUCGAGUACAUGCCCUUCUUCCUGGCGCUGGUGAGCUUCCUCAACGGCGUCUGCUGGACGUCCUACGCUCUCAUCAAAUUCAACCUCUACGUCAAUAUCCCCAAUGGCCUCGGUGCCCUGUUCGGCCUCGUCAUGUACGCCUGCUACUACAAGUCGACCCCAAGAAGGAGAAGAACGUCAUGCUAAAAUGUGAUUGAAGGCCCGCCC